AUGGAGCCAGAGCCGUCCGAUAACAAGAGCGCUAUUGAAUACCCAGGGCUUCCCGCACAAGGCAGUCCCGAGUUUAAAUAUGUGAUUUCCCCGUCGCAGCACCCCGAUGAAAAUCGCCACGCACCUGCUACACUCCAGUCCCAGAAUCGGCAACGGGAAAGGCAAGAGAGCACUAGGCGCCAUGCUCCUUAUGUCUCAUUUGGCGAUCGCGGGAUAACAGCCAGUGCCGGCGCAUAUGGUCAGCUACUACGCAUUUGCCGUCCCAUCCAGGACAGGCAGAGGGGCCAACUCCACUCGGGUUUGAUCGGGCUAGGACCCGCCGAAGAAUCAGAGGCAUGGUAUAUCCAUGGGCGCGCAUCGGAGUUUCUGGAGAACUCUCGGGUUUCCGCCAGAGGAAUUGGUUUGCGAAUCUUAAACUCCCCUUCCUCUGAGCCACCCACAGUUGAGUUUUUGGAAGACCGCUGGCCGAUAAUAUCAUAUAGAACCAAGGCAGGAGUCACCAUCACUGUCAGUCUAUGGUGCCAUAACGGCCUAGUUGUGCAGCAGAUGCAGGCGAUAAAUACCUUGAAUACGGGUGAGCACCUUCAACUGGAGCUUAAUGCAGACUUCAGUCUACAAGACCUUGACUAUCAAAAGAAGAGAGAGAAAUUACAAGUGCGUCAAGCCAGUGGACCCCAUGGAUUUGGAGUUGUUACAUUGGAAGAUAGUCCUGAUUAUCCAAUUGACCAAGAACGCAUCUGCGUGCUUUUGGGCCUGUUCAAGGAUGGAAAGCCACAGAAAACAUUAUUUGACAAGGACGAGGAAGAUCCAUAUAUCAAACCGUCAUCUCUGACCUUUAGGCACGAAUUUGAGGGACCGAAUGUUGUGGAAUUCACUGUGGCCAUUAAGAUUCAAAUGAGCACUUCCUCUGCUCAGUGGCAAUCAUUUCUAAUUCAGCCCGAUGAUCUCAUAUUCGACUCUCAGGUCGAGAAAGCUGAAGACCAAAAUGCGUCUUUGUCAAAUGAUCGGGUUCUGAAUUGGCAUUUCCGCCGUAACCUUGAACACAUUCUAUCCGUCUGCAGUAUCCCAUUGGAUUCAAGUUUAUUCAAAAGCCAAGCCACCUCGGGACUUGCGGGGACAAAGAAUGAAGAUCCCAUGACAAAGACGAUAAAGAUACUGGGCAUUGACGCAGAUGAAACAUAUCUCGAACACAAUGAUGAACCAGUAGAUGAAACAGAGCAUCUCACCGGCCCGAUGAUAAAGCUACAAACACCAGACGGAGAAGAGCAUGUUCUUCAUCGAAGUGCGCCAUCCCAAGACAGAAUUGGGCCAGUGGCACUCACAUGUGGCGAUUUUGGUGAUCAUCGAAUCAGUGUGUCAGGAAGCUAG